CAGUGGAGCUUUGUGUCUGCAGAGCAGCAGCUGAGAGACGGCUGUUUCGGGUCCAGCUAUAGGGACGAUUCUGUGACCUGGGUGAAGAGAGGGGUGGGUCAAGCUGUUCACUCUUCAAAUAUAUAAAAGGAAUAACCGCUGGGAGCAGGAGUCAGGAGAGAAAGAGAGAGAGAGAGGCAAAGAAGGCAGCAACAAUGUCAGAUGUCUAUAAAGCCGCGGUUGAGCAGCUCACAGAGGAACAAAAGGCUGGUGAGUGCUUGAGGUCUUUCCCUUCGUUUUGCUCAGAAUUCAAAGCUGCCUUUGACAUCUUUGUCCAGGGUGCUGAGGAUGGCUGUAUCAGCACUAAAGAAUUGGGAAAGGUGAUGCGAAUGCUCGAUCAGAACCCUAGCGCUGAGGAACUGCAGGAGAUGAUCAAUGAAGUGGACGAGGAUGGGAGUGGAACUGUUGAUUUGGAUGAAUUUCUAGUCAUGAUGGUGCGCUGUAUGAAAGAUGACAGCAAAGGAAAGUCAGAGGAAGAGCUGGCAGAACUGUUCAGAAUAUUUGACAGAAAUUCCGACGGGUACAUUGAUGUCGAUGAACUGAAGUAUAUGCUGGAAACCACAGGAGAAAUAAUCACUGAAGAUGACUUGGAAGAGCUCUUUGUUGAUGGAGACAAAAAUAAAGAUGGGAAGAUUGAUUAUGAAGAGUUUCUCGAGUUCAUGAAAGGCAUUGAGUAAUUGCUUCAAGAUCAAUCAGCACUAGGAAUAGUUCAGCAGUGGAUUUCUUUUCAUUAAACACAGCAAAUGAAGAUAUUUUGAUGACUGAAAAAUCAGAGAAAUCUGAAAUGUAACUUUACAUGGAUGGAAGGUAAUAGAUGGGUAAUUGAUAAAAGAAAAAUGUGAAACAAUAUACUAAAUAAUCAAAAACAAAUGUCUAUAGAAAGUGUACCAGUUGCUCUUAUUGUAAAAUAUACCUGUAAUAUACAAUUUAUAAUAGCUUAACUGGAAAUAAAUAUAUUUGCAUGUUUAAGAAGGGCUGUUAAGGACUGGUUCUCGAUUAUGCCACAUUAUUAUUUGUUAUAUACCUUUUCUCAUGGCAAAUAUUCCUCUGUUGAGUGAGUUAAGUAAAGGAUUUGUUAAGUAAAAUGGAGAGAAAUUCCAUUUGGAUCCAGAUUUACUCCACUAUUCAGCAUCCAAAUUCCU